AUGGGGAUCAAGUUUUUGUGCCUUCAGAUGAUCCGGCCCCUGGUGCUUUCACCUGCGAGUCCUGGGGAGCAACCUCUCCUGUAUGCAGCAGCAGCAACAGCUCCAACCAGAUCAUCAGAAAUCCGUGUCGUCGUCGUCGUCCAUAAUAAAGCUAAUAAAAUUGGAGGGGCUUGUGAAGAAUCCUUCUACAUUGGGCAGAAGAUCCAGGCUCUGUCCGAGGACGACCAGCUCCAGCCAGGCCAUAACUACUUCCUCCUCCCUAAACAUUUCUUCCACUCUGUCUUAUCAUUCGUCACCAUUGCCUCCUCAUUUGCCUCAUCAUCAAAGCAGCAAGCCUUUUUAAAGAAGGCGGCGAGUUGCGGGCAAGCCUUCGAUAUACAGAGGACUCCAUCGGGGUCUCUUCAAAUACGGGUUUCCGACGAGUUCAUACCAAAACUGAUGGAGGAGGGGAAUGAUGAGAUGUCUAUGAAUGGAAAUCCAAGCAAAGCAAAAGGAAUGGAUUUGAAACGUUUUCUAGAAAACGUCUAUUUUGAUCCUGAAGAUCCAAUAAUCAGAGAUGCGUCCCUGGGCUACUUCGACGGAGAAAGAAUCUUCCGAUCGAUCACCCCAACGCCUGGUGGAGAUGAUGCCGAUCCCCAUCUCCAUCGCAUCGAUAGCACCGAAAACAUCUUCGACCUCCCCGACGAGUGCCUGGCCUAUAUCUUCAGGUACCUGGGCUCUAUCGACCUCAAAAGCUGCUCUCUCAUCUACCAUCAUUGGCUUCGCAUCGAGGGUCAGAGUCGACAUUGCCCCUACCUCAGUGAUAAUUACAAUCUCCCCACCUCCAUUCCUUUUCUCUUCACUCGUUUUGAUGCAGUCACCACACUCAUCCUUAGAACCCAAUCCAUCGACGAUGAUACACUUUUCCUCAUAUCUCUCCACCGCCUCCGCCUCACUUGCUCCAAGCUUCGUUCUUGCAACAACAAGUUGAUCAAUGCAGGCAUGAAAACUUUCUCCGUCAACUGCAAGGGCUUGAAGAAAUUCUCUUGUCAAUACUGCAACUUUGGUGCCAAUGGCAUAAACGCAGUCCUCGAUCACUGUUCCUCCCUCGAAAAUCUCUCUGUCAAACAUCUUACUAGCCUUUUAGACAAAUCUCCAACCAUGCCAAUCGGACCAGGUGUCGCUGCAUCCUCCCUUAAGACCAUCUGCAUCAAGAACCUCCACAAUGGUUUGUCCUUCGGAUCCCUGAUUAUCGGUUCCAAGAAUCUUAGGACCUUGAAGAUCAUCAACUGCUUUGGGGAUUGGAAUAAAUUCUUCGCCCUCUCUCCUACCUCUAAUCUCUCAAAUCUAGAGAUCUUCUACCUUCUUCAAUAUCCGAAGUACACGAAUGCAUCGCUUGCGUCCAUCACCCACCACAGAAAAAUCCUUAGUAUAGGUGACGAAGGCCUUACUUCCAUUGCCAAAGGGUGCCCUAAACUUCAAGAGUUGGUUCUCUGUGGUGUUUGA